AUGGAAGUGGAGUCAGCCAAGCCGAUACGUUUGGCGAUGCCCAAGCCGCAUGUGGUGUGCCACAUCACGCCACCGGACGACGAGCCGAUCGCUCCAAAAUCGAUGCCAAAGAACGUUUACACGAUGUCGCCGUCAUCCCGGUCGCCUAGCCCGAGCAGGCGGUCGUCGCCGCGCACAUCGUUCCUGCACGACGCUUACCGUGCGCUUACCGGUACCUCGAAGAAUAGCGCCACGCCGCUGACCGUCACCAAGAGCACUGCGCUUAUGGUGCCGACGCCGCAGCAGCAAUUGCCGUCUAUGACAACGGCGGUGACCCAGGUGACCGGUCAUCAAUCGUGUCUGUUAGACGUACCCAAAGACGGACAGUUCCGGAACAGGUCUAAGUCGCUCGACGAUGGCACCAGAAAAACGUUGCUGCAGCAACAGUCCGGCUCGACUCGACAGCGGCUAGACAGCGGCGACGCGUAUAAGAUAUUCGAGAGCAUUUUGAAAGAAGGAGCUCUAUUACGUAGAAGUUCUUUAGACCCCGAAACCCGUCGACUUUCCCUGGGUACCAUAUCCAACUCGAGGAAAAACUCUGAUGGCCUUUUAGAUCCUACACAUGCCGCAAUAUUGUUCCGAGAUUCCAGAGGACUUCCUGUUGCUGAUCCAUUCUUGGAAAAAGUAAAAAUAAAAGACCUGGUCGAAGACGAAAGUCAGAUUUUUGUGAAAUUUUUUCGCUUCCAUAAAACUUAUGAUCUCAUACCAACCAGUGCAAAAUUGGUUGUAUUCGAUACACAGUUGAUUGUUAAAAAGGCGUUUUUCGCCUUGGUCUACAAUGGUGUGCGAGCUGCUCCAUUAUGGGACAACAAGCGUCAAAAAUUUGUGGGCAUGCUAACUAUUACAGAUUUCAUCAGGAUACUACAAAAAUAUUACUCUUCAUCGUCUUCAAGUAUGGAGGAGUUAGAAGAACAUAAGCUGGAUACCUGGAGAAACGAAUUACAUCAAGAACGUCCUCAAGAAUUAAUAUCCAUUGGCCCAGAUAUGUCAUUAUAUUUUGCUAUUCAAACCUUAAUAAAUAAUAAAAUACACAGACUUCCAGUAAUUGAUCCAGCAACUGGAAAUGUUCUUUAUAUUGUGACACAUAAACGCAUACUACGUUUUCUUCUUCUUUACGUAAGGAUUAAUGAUUUACCAAAACCAGCAUAUUUAUCUCAGAGUCUAGGAGACCUAAAAAUUGGCACUUUUGAAAAUAUAGAGACAGUGUCCGAAGAAACAUCUAUCAUAUUAGCAUUAAAGAAAUUUGUUGAACGCAGAGUAUCUGCUUUACCUAUGGUUGAUCAAGAAGGUCGACUUAUUGAUAUUUUUGCUAAAUUUGAUGUUAUUAAUUUAGCUGCGGAACGUACAUACAAUAAUUUAGAUGUUACUCUAAAACAAGCCAAUGAGUAUCGAAGUGAUUGGUUUGAAGGUGUACAAAAAUGCCAUCUGACUGAUACAUUAUUUAGUGUUAUGGAAAAAAUUGUUCGCGCUGAGGUGCAUAGGUUAGUAGUUGUGGACGCAGAGGACAAAGUCAUUGGAAUACUCUCAUUGUCCGAUAUCCUACACUAUUUAGUACUUCGACCUUCCGGAGCUGAUCGGUUAUUGAAAGCAAAAGAUCUAUAUGAAAAUAAUGUGGAAAAUUCUAAGCCUUUAAACUCAAUUAUGGAGCCAAUACUAUUACAAUCAUAA